AUUGUUUACAGGCUUCAGUAUCUAUGGGUGUGUUUUAUUGAUUGUGUGGAAUCGGUCGGUUUUGAGGUGAUCGAGUGUCAUUUUUUUUUUCCUUUUUGGGGUUUUUGCGGGGGGAGGACAUCGCAACGAUUUUAAAAUGGAAGGGAAAGUAAAGCAGAGUCGCAGAUCCCGUUCGCAGCGCGAGAGGGGACGGAAACGGGAGGCACGCGCCGGGGAAGCCCGCGAUCGGAGCCCCUCGUCUGGUUCCGAACGGGAGCGAAGUCCCGGUAAAAACGCUCCGCCACGCUCGACAUCCUCGAGCAGAAUCCCGCGACCACCCCGGAGGAAGAGACGCGAGUCUAGUUCUCAGGAGGAGGAUAUUAUUGAUGGAUUUGCUAUAGCCAGUUUCGUCAGUUUGGACCGUCUCGAGAACAAGAAUGUUUCGGUUAAACUGGAAAAGAAGAAAUGGGAGGAGAUUGUAGUUAAACGAAAGAAGGAGGCCGAGGAGAAUGUGCCCCCUGACAUAGACGAAAAUGGCUUCGGCAAUCUGGCCACCAGCAUGGGGCGAGACCAGGAGCGGGUGAAAGAUCGUCUGCUGAAGAACACAUACUCCAAGAAGAGCAAACGAUCCUUGAGUCUUCUGAACCUGGCUGGGAGGAAAAUGGAGGAGACUGUGGUGAACGCGGCACCCAGGAGCAGCUCCAAAGAUCGGCUCAGUGAGAGCUCCACUCACUCUCUGUCAGGACGAGGGUACUCGUGUGACAGCGAGAGUGACAUCGAUGACAAGGCAUCUGAUGUAGGAUCAGAGAAGCUGUUCUCGCCUACUGCACCUAAAGUUACGCCAACGAAUGAGAAUCUCGGGUCCAAAACUUCCAGCUUGACCAAAGUGUCUGGCCUUCAGCGUAGCCAGGAACAGAGUAACGACGUUUCGUUUGUCCCGCCGAUCUCAAGUCCGACUCCUGCGUCACCCCCUACGGGGUCUCCUGCCCCUGCUGCGGCGGCAGCCCCCGCGCCUAGACCGCUCCCUAUCUCCCCGAACCCUCUCAGUAUCAAGAAGGAAUCUGUGCCCCCUAACCCCACCCUUUCCCUCCUGAGGAACCAAUCAAAUUCACUGGAGCACAGAGUCCUGCCCCCAUCGCACCACAGCCGGCCAAUCAUCAGUCAUCAUCAUCAUCCUUUGCUGUACAGCAGUCUUCACAACAUCAGCAACAACCCUUCCACUCUUCCUCCCAAACACCACCUGCCUCACUCCCCUCAUCAUCUCAGCGGCCUCCCGUCUCCUGCUCCUCCUCUUCCUCUCUCCAUAGCCGGUCUGCCUUCCUCCCACUACUCCCUCCACUCGCCUUCUCACCUCUCCAGCCAUCCUGCCAUGUUCGCCACCCCUGCUACACUGCCUCCUCCGCCCACCUUACCGACCAACAGCCUGGUGGUUCCAGGACACCCUGCCGGACCACCCUAUCCAGAGCAUGAUAUUCUGCGGCAGGAGCUGAACAACCGCUUCCUGGUUCAGAGCUCGGAGCGAGGUCGGGGGCCGGCGCCAGGGGCGACAGGGUCACCGUUGGCCCCUGUGUCGCUCCUCCGGGCCGAGUUUCACCAACAUCAGCAUAUGCACCAGCACCAACACACGCAUCAGCACACCUUUACGCCUUUCCCUGCCAGUCUGCCCCCGGCAGCCAACAUUGGGCCACCCACUGCACCUCCCAUGGUGCGUACCCCAGCCAGAAAUUUCGACAAAUACGCCCCAAAGCUGGACAAUCCUUUCUUGAGACAUUCAAAUUUCUUUCCCUCCUACCCACCAACAAUGCCAGGAAUGCCUCCAUUACUUCCACAUUCAGGGCCCUUCAGUUCACUGCAAGGAGCCUUCCAGCCAAAGGCUUCAAACCCUCUUGAUGUUGCAGCACGACCAGGAACAGUCCCACACACUCUCCUUCAGAAGGACCCAAGGAUAACAGAUCCUUUUAGGACUUCAGUAAGAAAGCCAGGUAAAUGGUGUGCAGUGCAUGUUCAAAUCGCCUGGCAGAUCUACCAUCAUCAGCAGAAGAUGAAACAGAUGCACUUGGACCCUCAUAAACUGGAUAUGAAUGGAAAACUUGAUCUGUUCAGCCGUCCUCCAGCUCCAGGCGUGUUCCCUGGGUUCCCCUACCCUCAUGAUCUGGCCAGACCCCUCUUUUCAUCAACAGCAUCGGGACAUCCAGCUGCUUCACCCUAUGGACCGUCUCCUCACCACACUGCCUUCCUGCCUCCUAGCCAUUUGGCAGGUAAGUAUCCAUUCAGUCGCUCCAGUACCUUUGGCGGCCUCAGCAACCUUUCAAGCAGUGCCUUCGGUGGAUUAGGCAACCCAGCCCUCGGGGCCAACAGUUUGUUUGGACCCAAAGAGGGUCCAGGGCUGCCUGGUCUCAGUAGUCCUCAUCAUGACACCUGGAAUCGGCUGCACCGAACACCACCUUCCUUCCCGACCCCUCCACAGUGGCCCAAAUCUGCAGAUGCAGAAAGAAGCAGCUCGGCAAACAGCCAUGAAAGAGAGAGAGAGCGGGAGAAAGAAAAAGAACGGGAGAGAGAAAAAAGGGACUCUUCUGUUGGGAAAGAAGAGAAAGAUAAAGACAGAGACUCUUUAGAUCGUAACCGCCAUUCGAACCGCUCUUCUCCAGCUUCCGCUCCAGUUAGUUACCAGAUCAGCAGCCUGAUCCGCUCAAACAGCCAGAACUCGACCGACUCCGGCAGACACCGUAGUGGUAGUGCCGAUCGCAACCGUGAGCCUGAGAAAGAGCUGUUGGACCGUCAACGAGAGGCAGGCAUUUUGGGAGAUAUAAAGGUGAAGGAAAGUCGUUCUCCAGGGAAGGAGAUCACAGACAGACGUUCCUCGGAAGACUCUCUAAAAUCAGUUCACCGAUCGCCCUCUCCAUACUCGAAAAAUGUCCUUAAUGAUGCAGGAAUCAAGAUGGGUAUCCCACAACCGCUACCGAUUAAAGAAGUGGAGAGGGAUAGGAAGGAAACCAGCUCAGGGGAUGUACUACAGAAGGUGAAGAAUGAUAUGAAGAUCAAGGAAGAGUGCAAGGAAGACCAGGACGUGAUGGUGGUUGGAUCCGAAGCUGCCACUAAACCUCAACUCCCUCCUCCACCUCAUCAAACCACACCAAUAGCUCAUCACCCUGCACUAUCCCAUCAGCCUCCUCCGCCAUCUCCUCGCUGUAGUGACCCUCCAACACUAUCCUCACUUCACGGUGUCCCCAUGCCACACUCAUUGCCGCUCACUCUGAGUGCCAUGCAUCAAAUGGGAAGUCUGAAUGCACUUGAACGCACCCGCAUGGCACCGUUUAUGGGAGUCAGCCCUCUUGCAGCAGGUCGAGACCGCCUUCCUCAUCCGGCGUUUUCCUGGGAUCCUCUUCGAGAGGCUUACCGAAACCUCGACUUUCAACGGCGCAUGGACUUCCAGCUUCGUUCCGAACCUGGGCACCGUUUCCCUGGUGUCUACGAUCCAGAACGGCCCUAUCGGGAUCGGGAGCCACAUGACUACUCGCACCACGAACACCUCCUGGAAUUUCGGCGGGAACAGGAGAGACUGAGGCAACAGGCUGAAGAAAGGGAAAGGUUGCAUUUACGGGAGGAACUGGAUCGAGCAAGGCUUCACCAACUUCACCAAUCGCCCAUUGAAGGACACUUACCCCACAUGCCGCCUUUUAUGUCACACCUUGGCGGGAUGCCGUACCCAAGGCUUAGCCCUUCAACAGGUCAUAAUGGACUUCUUAACCGGACACCCCCAACUGCAGCACUAAGUGCCCCUCCUCCUCUGGUACCCUCUGGUGCUGCCAGACCGGUGUCGCCAAGACGGACUACGCCAAUCACCACCCAGGACCCUCGGGAGUACUCACCGUCACGCAACCCCAAAGAAGUGGAGGCACGGUAACAUACUAGAAAGGAAAAUGCCUCACUUGAGUUGGACACAGGCAACAUGCACUUAUUUUCACACAAAAUAGAGUAAAUGAUAAAUAGGUAUGUGUAAUUUGUACAGAUAUUUGUACCUUGGAGCAAGCACAUCAACUGGCUUUUUCAAAUGAUUGGAGUGGAAGAAAAGAGUUGUUAGCUCCAACUCUUGGUAGCUCCAAACCUAAGACGUGAACGUGAACUACCAAACAGAAAUUUGAUAUUAAUAUAUUAAUCCAAUGCCUUUUCAGUUUUUCAUGUGAAAAGACAUUCUGAAAUUUGUUUGU